AUGCGGCUCUCUACAUGGCUGCCGCUAACCCUGCUCAUCGUCACCUCAAAUGCUUCGACAUUGCCGCUUAAUUGUGUCCCCAACAACGGCACGAUGACCACUCCGAGCUUCGGUACUACGGAUGCGGUUUUUACAGCCUGCGCCCAGAUUACAAUCAAUAACUCUCCAUCUGCGGUGUAUGAUGUUCUGCUCGACUUUUCUGAUUAUCCCGCCUGGAACACAUUCGUCUACUCCGUCGACCUGCCCUCCAAUGUCUCAUCGACCGAGGAUGUAUAUGUCGGAAUGCCUAUGACAUUUCAUAGUUCGGGUCUAUUACUCGGGAUCAAUAGCACUUCUGAUGAACGCAUCACGUUUCUCGAACCCGACGCCGUGCCAUCAUUCGUAGCGUGGCGAUAUGAUGAAGGAGCUCUGGUUGGGGUCCUGAUGAAUGCUGAGCAUGUUACUGUCUUGGAGGACUUAGGUGAUGGAACGACGAACUGCGUUAGUUGGGAAACGUAUUAUGGAGCGGGAGCAUUAUUAACGUUGACUUUAAAGGCGAACUUGCAGACCGAGUUUCAGAAUCAAGUGAGCGACUUGAAGGGGAGAGUGGAAGGACUGGCAACCUGA